AUAAUUUAUUCGAUAGCUUUGACUUAUCGACAAUGCCCCCACAGGCCAGCAGCAGCUUGCCCUCUCUAAAUAGCAAGUUGAGCCUUCAAGAGUGGCUCAAAGUACUGUCUUCUAGAGGGGUGGAUAUGAGAGUCGCUAUGGGUCUUGCCGCAAAAAUUUACAAAACACACAGUACCAUAGAACUUCUUUCGAAAAUGACGCCGGCCAAGGUGGCUGGCUUGAUAGACGACAAGGAGACGAGGAAGGUGAUCAAUAAUGCGAUUAAAGGCCUUGCCUCAGGGGAGCCGAUCAGCAAAAAGAGGGGCAGAGAUAGCGACUUAUUACAGCCCCUCAAGAAAGACGAAGCAGAGGAGGACACUCCUAUUGACAUUAGCUUCCAAUUCAUGACUGAACGUGAGCAACUUCAAGGCAUCAGAGUCAUCACAAAUCGAGCGCCUGUCAAGACAGCUUGGGCCUAUACAAUUUGCAUGAGGCUGGGAUUCAGUCAUUUGGAAUCAUUAUCGUUAGCCCAGGCCUACGUGCAUAUAAACAGCCUCAAGCACGCCCUCAUGCUGGGAAAUAUUUUAGGAGAGGAAGAGACGAAAGAAGCUCGAAGAGAAUUGGAGGAUCUUCCCGAUGGUGACCAGGGCAGCUGGAAUAAGAAGAGAGGUAGAAGACUAGGGAAAGAUCAGGUCACAGCUACGGUUGCAGUGGGGAGUUCUCAGCCGUGGGUGGGAAUUUUGGGAUCCAAGGUACCAAUAAUAGAACGUUCAGACGGGACAUGUCGCGCAAUACAGAAAGGGGUAUCGGUCCGACCGAGUCAGGCAUAUUUGUAUAUCAGGAAAAACUUCAAGGACCACACACCUCAUGUCAUGGGCGCAUUCAAGUUAAUAGCUGACUCGUAUGAGCCAGAAGAAUUAAAUCGUAUUGGAGUGCAUAUGUAUAAUGAAUUCAAACCAGAUGUUGUGGAGUGGGGUCAGAGGGGGGCGUUAGAGCUGGACAAUGUAUUGGAGUUUAUCAAGGAUGGCGAGAACAACGUCAAAGAGCGAGAUAAUCAAGGAUCUUCCGUUGCGAAUCCAGCCGUGUCUUCCACGGCUCUUGUUCUUAGCCCAAUAGGUGCAACUCAACAACUACCGCAAGAGGCAUCUGACGAUGAACCAGCUAGUAAAAAGCCAAGACGAGAUAUGACAGUGGAAGAAUACGAGGCAAUGCUCGAUGCGGAGUAUCUGCAGGGAGAUCUUCCGGACUUUUAAAAUACAUGUAACAACAACUUUUCAUUUGUCUUGGUUGUUGAAUUAUUAAUAGUUAUGUUCCCCAGUUGUAUGGAAAUCUCCUAUCGACUUUUGUGACAUACAGUAUAGUAAUGCUGGCAUAAAGCAUGCCUCAACAAAGUCCAUGACACUGUCAUUAUCAUCGUGAAACAAAGGUCUUGUUGGGCGGUGGUCAUUCGUUCAAACGAUUCCAUAUUUUCCCUUGUGAAUGCUUUUAGCGAUCUACAAAGCGUCAGUGCCAUUAUAGUAGGCGCCCAUUGCAUCUAUUGGUAUUCUAGGAUUUAUUGUAUGGAGUUUUUAAGCAAACAAUAAAAUUGUGUAAGCAGGAUGACGAGG